AUGAGUAAAAAAUUUGAACGCAAAGAGAUACGACUGCUGGCAACCUGGGUCAUAACAUUACAGAGAUCAUUUAGUGGACUUGAGCAACUGGAAGUCAUUCAGUUUACUUGGAGCUUAGGUGGUCUUACUGACAGCUUGGGUAAUUUGAAGAAACUUACAAAACUCAUAAUGAAUAACAUUAAUGAAGAAGAUGCUAUAAAACUAGCUGAAGAUCUGACAUACCUGAAGAAGAUGAAUUUAUUUCAUUUGACUCACUUGUCUGAUAUUGGAAAGGGAAUGGAUUACAUAGUCAAGUCUCUGUCAAGUGAACCCUGGAACCCUGAAGAAAUCCAAUUAGCCUCCUGCUGCUUAUCUGCAAAUGCAGUGAAAAUCCUAGCUCAGAAUCUUCACAAUUUGGUCAAACCGAGCAUUCUUGAUUUAUCAGAAAAUAACCUGGGAAAAGGUGAAAAUGAAGCUCUACAUGAACUGAUUGACAGGUUGAACAUGCUAGAACAGCUCACUGCACUACUGCUGCCCUGGGGCUGUGAUGCAGGCAACCUGACCAGCCUGUUGAAACAUUUGGAGGAGGUCCCAUAACUCAUCAAGCUUGGGUUGAAAAACUGGAGACUCACAGAGAUUAGAAUUUUAGGUGCAUUGUUUGAAUAGAACCCUCUGAAAAACUUCCAGCAGUUGAACUUGGCAGGAAAUUGUGUGAGCAGUGAUGGAUGGCUUUCCUUUAUGGAUGUAUUUGAGAAUCUUAAGCAAUUAGUGUUUUUUGACUUCAGUACUAAAGAAUUUCUACCUGAUGCAGCAUUAGUCAGAAAACUUAGCCAUGUGUUAUCCAAGUUAACUUUUCUGCAAGAAGCUAGGCUUGUUGGGUGGCAAUUUGAUGAUGAUGAUCUCAGUCUUAUUAAAGGUGCUUUUAAACUAGUAACUGUUUAAAUAAAGUGUACCCAAAGCCAUUAAGUGCUCUGGGACCCCAUUAUUUUAAGCCUGGUAGUUAAAAAGAAUCUUGCAAAAGGAUGCCAAAGAAGGAAGUGGAAAGAAAUUUAAUUAGAUGAUACAUGCAAUAGUUUAGUGUCUUAGCUUUCCUGCUAGGGUUAUCAGCUCCUUGAAGGAACUCUUGUUCAUCUUUGUGUUACUUUUGGUCUGGGUUACACCAGCUGGUAUACUGAAUGCAUAUUAACUUAGUAUAGUGCCUGGCAUGUAACAGAUUCUCAACAAAUAUUUGCUGAAUAUGAGACAAUAAAUAGCUACUGAAUAAAGAAACAAGGAUUAUUUAAAAUCAGAGAGAAAACUCCAUAUAUGUUCUUUAAUCCAAACAGUUUAAUUCAAACAAUCUGGAAUGUAAAAAGCACUUUCUCAUAUUAGAAGGAGAUCAGACUCCCAAAAAAGAUCAGGAUUCUUUAGUCAAGCAAAAAUUGGCAGUUAACAAACAGCUAAAUCAGAGGCUUAAAAUUCAGGUCCUCUCCAGUAUCUGCUAAGUUAUGUGUAAUUCCAAACAUGACAUUAGAGAUUAAAGAAGAAAGGGAAAAUGUUUCCCAUUCUUUUGUACUUUAUAUAAAUUAAGGGUACCCUGCCCUAAUCUUUUUUCCAACACUUCCCCAAAUAACCCUUCCCUACAAAGAAAGAAGUCUA